AUCGGCGGAGAACUUUAACAAGUGUCAUCAGUAUUUUUUCUUUAUUGUGAUAUUUCUUACAAUUUGCAAAAAGAAUUUUAUUUGUGCAUAAAAAUAUUCAUACAAAUAUUAAUUACACUUGUUCAAUUUAUUAAAAAUGUCGGCUCCUUUGGAAAAUCUUGAAACCCAGUUGGAAAUGUUUAUAGAAAAUGUCAGACAAAUACGCAUUAUCGUGAGUGACUUCCAGCCACAGGGACAAAAUGUUUUAAAUCAAAAAAUCCAAGGACUCGUUACUGGCCUCCAGGAAAUCAAUAAAUUAAAGAAUCAAGUUCAAGAUAUUUAUGUACCAUUUGAAGUGUUCGAUUACAUUGAUCAGGACAAGAACCCACAGUUGUAUACCAAGGAUUGUGUGGAAAAGGCUUUGGCUAAGAAUGAGGAAGUCAAGGGUAAAAUUGAUGCUUAUCGCAAAUUUAAAGCGAAUAUGCUUUUGGAAUUGUUUAAAACAUUUCCCAAUGAAAUGAAUAUGUAUCGGGCCUAUCGUCCGGAUUCUUUAAAUUGAAAUCAUGUUCAAAUGUCCUCAAAAUAACAAAAUAAUUGAUGUGCUAAAGAACUGAAUACAAAAUUUAUUUUUAGAAUUAAGUAUCACUUUAUUUCAAUAAAUCAAGAGUAAUUAAAUA